UUGUCUCGGUGUGGAGCAGCCAAUCAGCGUGCUCGUCAACACCGCAUCCCGGAAGAAGGAAGUUCAACCUGAAAAGAGCGCCUUGAUUAAAAGUGCAGACGUUACCUGAAGUGUCCUCCUCAUCAGUGUGACCAUGAGUUUAUUCCCUGGCCCAUGCAGCAGUAUCCAGGAGCAGAGGGACCGCUGGGAGAGAAAACGCAGUCGAACAGCUAGAGAGUUGGUGCAGACAGAACAACAUUACUGCCAGCAGCUGAAGCUGGUCACCACUUACUUUGUGGAGAUCUUGAAAGCCAAAGGAACCCUGAGGGAGGACAUUAGAGAAAGCAUCUUCAGCUCAAUUAAAGCCAUUAAUUCAGUAAACCAAUCUCUUUUGGUUCAUUUGGAGAAUGGCUACUUUGGCCGAGGUUUCGACCAGUUCUGUCCACAUCUGCAACACUACAAUACGUAUGUGGACAACGUCUAUAAUGCCAACAAAGUGCUUGGGAUCCAGCUGAAGAAAAACAAGGCCUUCAGACGUUUUAAGAAACUACAGGAAACACGACCAGAGUUCAACAACCAUAAGCUGGAGGACCUGCUCCAACUUCCCAUUCAGCGGAUUGAUCAGUAUAAACAUUUCUUACAAGACCUGACUGCAAACAUAAGUCCAGACAAUCCAGAGUUUCAGCAGCUCUCCAGGGCGGUCACGGCGGUGUGUGAGGUGUCCCAGCGUAUCCAGAACAACACCCGGCGCCAUGAGAACCACCUGCAGCUCUGCCGGGUGCAGAAACUGCUAAAGGGACGAAAGACAAAGGUGCUGUCUGCAGGGAGGUGGUACAUCCGUGAGGGCUGGCUGAACAUGGUUCCUCCCAAAGGUGCAGAGGCUAAGCCCAAGAUGUUCUUCCUGUUCUCUGACAUGCUGCUGCAGGCCAAGCGCUGCAGCCCACUGCAUCCCACCAAUGGAGACAAGUUCACCGGCCAGCAUGCCUACCCCCUGCAGGACUGCACUGUGGAGAAGGUGUUUGGACACACCAAGAGCCGAGGAGGCCUGCUCAGCUUAACCUUCCCCAGAGCCAAACUGCUGCUGAUGUCCAGCAACCAGGAGGAUCUGAACGACUGGUACCAAAGUCUGAGCUCAGCUGUCAGGAAGCUGCAAUCUAAACAGACAGUAGUUCAUCAAAGACAUGAGCUGUGCCAGAGACCACUGCACUCAGCUGCUGACAGCCACAACACACCGAGCAGCAGCAGCAACCCUGGCAGGAAGAGAAACAUGGGGAGCAUUGAGACCAAUGAGCAUGUUCAGGAGCCUCCAGUUGAGUGGGAGGGCAGCACCCCCAAGAGGAUGAAGCAGUCUGACACUCCAGAACCGAGUGCGGAAGCAUCCACUUCUGGCUGUGUGAUCCUCUGAUGGGCUUGUUCUUCAGACUCUGAUUGGAAACCGGUUUGAGAUGAUAGUGGAUCCAGUGUGGUCUGUCUGAGAAUGUCAUCUCAGACUGGCUUUUGUAUUCCACUCAGUUUUGCCAAACAUGACACACAUGCUGCUGCAACAACUUAUUGCUUUAUUUCUUUCCUGUGCUUGUGAACUUGUCAGUGUGAAGUCAGGAGGUUUGUCUUCCUCCUAACAGCAGUGUCAGCCUCUGCUCAUCCUGUCUGACAUCAACUAUCUCCAUGUGCUGCUUUAAAGACCGACUAUCUGAUGAAUGUUGUGUGCAGUUGUGAGCAGUCUAUUGCUGCAUCAAUGCUGUGAUACAGCUGUGUAUUCAUGAGCUCAACCCUGGAAGUCCCUUUUCUUGCUCAGUGCCUAAUUGAAUCUCUCCACUUAUCUUCAGUCACUCAGCAUUUUACAUUGUAUUUACAGGCAGACUUCAGAAAGCAAGAGAUGAAAAAAGUACAAAAAUCUAUGUGAAGAUGCAAAGAGGGAGAAAAAGUCAAAGAGAGUCCAGUGACAGCAGCAUUUUCACCUGUGAUUCUGUGUGACAGAGGAGAGACUCUGACCUGCUGCCACUGUUCUCUGACCAGAGGAAACAGAGCUGUGUUCAGGCGUGUGUUCUUCACACACAUGUUCCACUUUACUGUAAUGACCAGGUUCAGUCUUGGAAAAGAGAGCAACAUCUACAUUACAUAUGAAACUCCAGAAUGACCCAAAAUGACACAUUAUGAAAUGAUAUAAUACCAAACAUUAUGAAAUAAAGAAUCAUAUGAAUAAAACCAGAGUAAAAUAUGAAAUAUAUGAACCAAAGAUUUGUGAAGUAAACACACAAACACAUAAAAUGAUUAUUAGAAAAUGUUAUUCAUCAUCACUUAUUUCAUUUUAAUUGUAUUAGUUUAUCACUGAAAUAUAUUUUAUUUACCAACACACACACACACACACACACACACACAAAUAGCAGUGGGGACAAUGAAAUGAAGAUUCCAAUACAACUAUGAAAUCAGAUACCAGAGAAAUAAGAAUGAUGAAAUAACAUUACACAGUAAUGAGCUCAGUGUUAGUAAGUAGUUACAUUAUUUCACAAUGUGUUGGUUCAUUUAUCCAUUGUAUUGUAUUUAUUUAUAUGAUUAUUUGUUUUAUAAUGUCUUAUUUGUUUAUUUAAUAGUGACAGUUAUUAUAAUAUAAUUAUGAUUACGAAUGUUCUGCUGAUCUUUCAUUUCUACAGAGACUUUUAAGCUGAGCCCUCAUGUAUUAAUCAUCACACUGUUGAUUCAGUGAUAGAAGCAGCCCUGCCAUUAUUUUCGUGCCUCACACUGUGUAUCUGCUCACACAUGAUCAUGUGAUAAUCUGCAGUACAAUACUUAGAAUAUGUGAUUUGAUUGAUUCAUUGAUUGACUGAUUGAUUGUCAGAUAUACAGUGUGCUUAUAGCUUUUACAUGUGAGACAUAUUGUGGUGACAUGUCAUAACUGAGUGAUUGCAUUGAAUCAGCUGCUCUGUAUUGUAGAAAUGACAGCCUGUGUUUGUGUGAAGUAUUCACAUCCAGGCAAGAAACACUAUACUGAUUAUCUGGUGUUUUUAUUCAUCAUUAUAUCCUCUAAUCAUAUCCUUUAUCAACAAAUAUUAGCUUGUCUUCUGUAAAACAUGUGAUAUAUUUUACUAACACUGUAUUGCAUUUUUAAGCUGUGUGCAUUUUACAGAUUAUUUUUAAUAUCCUAAUUUUAUACCUUUGGUUGCUAAGAUGCUCUAUAAAGCUGGCUAACAAAUCAUAACUGGAGAUGGAAAUAAUGGUUAUUUCCCAAUAAAACUCUAAACAGAAA